AUGGCGGCGUGCAUCCAAGCGUUGGCAAUUAGAGCAACGCUUCCAUCUGCGUUUCUGGGUACGUCGCAGGUGUCAUGGAGGCGGCAACAGCGCCUGGUUCUCGCCAAUCCAUCCGGCUCCCGGGUCUCGGCGUGGUUUAAAUUCGGGAACCGGGGAUUGGAUUCGCAAGGAGCUGGAAUCUAUGGCAGCCAGAAGAGGGACGAUUUCAACAAGGACGACGUCGAACAGGUCAGAGAUUUUCCUGGAAUGUUUGUUCUCAUGGUUCUUUCUCGUUUUUCUUUUGGUUUUGAUCCACAGUACUUCAACUACAUGGGAAUGCUGGCGACCGAGGGAUCCUACGAUAAGAUGGACGCGCUGCUCAACGAGGGUCUCCAUCCGGUGGACAUUCUUUUGCUCAUGGCUUCUUCCGAGGGAGAUAAGCCCAAAAUCGAGGAGCUUCUUCGCGCUGGAGCUAGCUACACGGUGAAAGACGGCGAGGGAAGAACAGCAUUGGACAGGGCUAAAGACGACGAGAUCAGAGAUCUCAUCCAGAACUUCCAGACCGUCCCUUCCCCGUGA